AUUCACACAGAAGCCUGGACACAAUACAGAAGAGCCACCCAGAGGGAGACAACAAUGUCACCGCUACCCGUGCCACACACACAGCCUGUGUCCUUGUCCACCGGUUCUUGCGUGACAGUCAAAGGAACACCGAUCCUCCCUUUCAUCAAUGAUCCACAGCUGCAGGUGGAUUUCCAUACUGAGACGUGUGAGAAGUCAGACAUUGCCUUCCACUUCCGAGUGUACUUUGGCCAUUUUGUGGUCAUGAACAGCCGUGAGUGUGGGUCCUGGAAGUGUGAGAUGAGAUGCAACAAUGUGCCCUUUGAGGAUGGCAAACCGUUUGAGCUGUGCAUCUCCGUGUUGGACAAUGAAUACCAGGUAAGUGUCAAUGGUCAACACUGUUACAGCUUUCCUCAUCGACUCCCGCCAUGUUAUGUGAAGAUGGUACAAGUGUGCAGAGAUGUCUCCCUGACUUCGAUGUGUGUCUGCAAUUGAGGGCGAUAGCCAGACUCCUCAUUGUGCCAGAAAUCCCUGUUUCUACAUGAUCACGGGAUUCCCAGAGCCAGCUAGCAGCAUGAUCCCUCCUCACUUCAACCCUUACAUUUGCUUAUUAAAACUUC